CGGUUAAACGUCUGAAUUGACAACGAGCACCUGUAAGGCUGUUGAUUUGACUCCUGUGAAGACAACACCACAACAUAUCUGCAUAAUUCAUUGUUUGUACUACUAGUAUUGUAUUUAAGUAUAUUCAUAAUUCGUCAAGAAGCAUGGCAGAAGACGAUGGUUUUGAUGGCGGAGCGUUCACUGUAGAGGGUGAUAAGGAUGAUUUGAUCGGGGAGACACAGCGAGCCGUUGGAAAAGGAGGCCAUUUGUUACAGACAAGCAACAGCUUCACGAGUGAAGGCAGUCAUAAGAAUGAGUCUUCCCCUCUCCACAAAGCAAAACAGCUGCUUCACUCCAGCUCUGGCAAAGAGAUAUCUCAGUCGCGAGGCCUGAAGAUAAUUAUUGUGUCCGCAGUCCUGUUUGCCAUCAUAAUAACAAUAGCCCUCAUCUUGUCUAUUGUGUUUGGUGAACCACAGGUGGGAGGCAAUGCUGGUGUUGCCGCAGAUGUACCGCUAUGCUCAGAUAUGGGGCGGGACAUCCUCAGAGACGGAGGUAACGCCGUGGACGCCAUGGUAACGACGAUGCUGUGUGUAGGAGUGGUGGAUGCCCAGAGUUCUGGAUUAGGAGGUGGUGGUUUCAUGCUUAUACAUGACCACAAGUCACAUGUAUCCUCAGUGAUCGACUUCAGGGAGAUGGCCCCAGCCAUGGCCAGCCCGGGCAUGUAUCCAGGCAAAGGCCAGUCUCUGAUGGGUGGACUGGCUGUAGGAGUUCCCGGAGAACUAAAGGGAAUGCAAACAGCCCAUAAUAAACACGGCAAGUUAUCGUGGCAGAAUGUGGUCCAGCCUGCCGCAAACCUCGCCAGAAACGGAUUCAAAGUGACACCCAGCAUGGCUAAAGUAUUCACCGAAGGAAAAGUGAAGGAGUCUGAAUUUACUGGAAUGUUGGGCGAGAUUUAUUUGGACGAGAACAGGGACUUUGUAAAACAGGGAACGCUCAUCUCUCGUCCACAGUUAGCUAACACACUGGACAUCAUUGCAGAGCAUGGUGCAGAUGCCUUUUACGAUGGACAGCUCUCCCAGUCAAUUAUUGAUGCGGUGUCCAAUGCUACUCCUCCUGGAAUCAUGACGAGGGAAGAUCUCAAAAAUUAUGAUGUAGUCAUCAGGGAAGCUGUUAAAACUACCUACAAUGGUCAUACGAUAUUGUCUACUCCUGCCCCAGCCUCAGGAUCUGUUCUGCUCUUCAUCAUGAAUGUUUUGGAAGGGUUCAAACUUACAAAGGCAGAUAAGAAUUCAGUGCAAGCCUUCCACAGAAUCGUUGAGACAUUAAAGUUUGCGUUUGAAAAGCAACAACAGUUGGGUGAUCCAGACAAGGACAGCACAGGCCAGGUGAAGAACACCACAGAGAUGUUGGCCAGCAAAGCCGAAGCCAAAAAGAUACGUAGUCUCAUUUCCAAUGUAACAAUGGACGAAACAGGACAGUUCAAUAAGCUGGACAAAGGCACUUCACACAUCUCCAUCAUUGACGCACAGGAACUCAUGGUCUCCGUGACGACUACAGUAAACAUGUGGUUCGGAUCACGGGUGAUGACAUCCACUGGUAUCCUCCUCAAUGAUCAAAUGGCAGACUUCUUCAUACCAACACCGGGCUCCAGUCAGCCAUCAAACCAGCUGAAUGCUAUAGGGCCUGGGAAGCGCCCGCUAUCCAACAUGGCACCCACCAUGCUACUCAAUGAAGAUCGGCCAUGUGCUCUUCGCAUGGUGGUAGGGGCCGCCAAUGGGUCCCGCAUCAUCUCAGGUGUGGUAGAAACCCUCCUAAAUGUGGUGUCGUUUGGAGAGACAAACCUGACAAAGGCAAUUCUAGAGCCCAGGAUCCAUUACGAUGCCAUAUCACGUGACACAGAGUAUGAACCUGGCUUUAAAGACAGUAUAGUUAAAGGUCUGACAGAUCUAGGGCACACGAUGGUGGCCACCGUGGAAGGGAUCAAUAUUGUACAAGCUGUGUCAAAGGUCAACAACACCCUACAAGCUGUGUCCGACCCGAGGAAGUGGGGCCGGGCAGCAACACUGGAGUAAUACCUAUCUGAUAUCACAAACGUUAUAUCUACUUGUUUGUUAGUGCAAUACUUAAGAUAUUUAUAAAUAUAGAUAUAAAUAUUGUAAUGUAAACAUUGUUAUGCAAAGCUCUUUUAGUUUGGCUUAGUAAUGAAAAAAGAAAAAUUGAUGUGAAAUUCCCUACAAAAGCUUUUGAUUGACAAAUUCUACAGUCUUAAUUUUUUCUCUAAAGCUUCUGACUUAUUUAUCCAACAUGUGAUAUCAACAUGGUAUAGUGACAGGGUCAAUUUUUACAUUUGGCUCCUAAACAAUUUUAGGUUGUAAUUUUUUUAUGUUCAUAUUUCAACCCUGUUUAGUAAAAUAAAAUGUAUUGAAAAAAUCCUCAGUGGGCAAAUUCCUGUGUUUACUGUCCAUAAUACUAAGUUAUGUUGUAAUAUUGUCAAAUAUCUCAUACUUGAUAUUACGUAAAUUUUAUGGCCAGGUAAAAGAAAUUUAUUUCUCCCAUAACAGCUAUAUGUUUCUCCACUCCUGAAGCAUUAGUACAGUUCCUAAUUGCCAUGAAAAGUUCUGGAAUUAAGGUCAGUGCUUGUAAAAUACUGGAAAAUGUAUGUAUCAAGAAAAAGUGCUGGAAUUUGCUCAAAUUUCCUUGAAAAAAAUGGAUUAUAUAUACUGAAGAUGAGCAAUAAACGUUAUUUUCUGUGUAGUUCUGUUUAGAAAUUUGGUAAUGACAGACUUAUUAAAAGUUUAUGUUAAUAUAUAUCUAUAUUCAAAAGUAAAUCCAUAGGAAAUUUGUUGUCACUUUAUCUUGUACAUGAUGUAACAUCAUCCGCGCUCUCCCUUAUUUUAACCUCUAUUCCCUCCACAUCAUUGUAAAACUCGCUGAUUGGUCUGCAGGAUAUCUGACAUGUACUGGUAUGUCACUGAAAAAGAAAAUCCUGAACCUUUUCAAAAACAUUUGGACCUUGAACAUUCUCUUGCUAUUUCUCAUUAAAAAGCUCAUGAAUUUGGUCCUGAAGAUCUAUAUAAACCACGAAAACAUGCAUUGUAUGGAGAUGGUCAACAUUUCAUGUUACCAAUAUUUGGGUAAAAUCUGGGACAUGAUUUUAUUGUCCAGUCCAUUAUAUUUCCUUGUGAUGUCAUGUUUCCUGGUUGUUACAGUAUUAAUGUGUUUCUAUAAUCAGAAAGAAGAAUCAUGUGUUUUUAAGAGCGGAUAUCGUUUUCAAAAAAAUUAAAUAUGAAUUUAAUGGGAGAAAUAGACCAACCGACUUUGAUGGCUCGUUAUUGUGUUUAGGUCUCCCUAGUUAAGUUUGGAAUUAUGCGAAUAUUAUUGUAUGGAAUUUUAAGUAUUCAUAUUUUACAGACAUUUUUUAGGAUACUGUGAAUUCAGAUACCUUUGUGCAGACCAAAUUUCUUGGUAUAUGAAUUUGUGGAUUACGAGUACCCACUCAAAGGGAAUAUUGCUUUAUAUCAAACUUGCAAUUAUUUCGUGGACCUAUGAAUUCAUGGAUGAAGAGUACGACAAUAAGUGAAUUCGCGGUAGUUAUUGUCAUGGUUGUGUAUAUGAUAAAAGUUGUGUUCACACUUUAAUGUGUUGUUUAAUAAGAGAUUGGUGUAAAACGUUUCGUAACGUCACAAUAAUGGCUUCAUAGGUAUUGUCUGGCAGUUUAUCAAUUACAGACUUGUUGAGGUGAAUACGUGGUUAUAUUGACCUGAGAAAGCAAUAUUGACAGAGAUGAAAUGUGAAGACUGUGAUAUACUGUUCACAAAUUAAAACAUUUAAUCUACUUAGUGUCAUAAAAUCAGAUCUUGUGUUAAUUGAAAUUAAUAAAUAUGAACCGAUAGCAUUAACCUUGUUUUGAUAUGUUAUUUGGUUAGAAACAUCCUUAGGCCUGCAUGUAGUAUAUUCGAUUAAGGAUUGGUUGUCAUAUUUUUGACAUGCAUUGGUGUGUAACAUAAAUUGGCUUACCUACAUAUAGCUAAUGUAUGUUACCCACCAAUGCAUGUCAAAAAUAUGACAACCAAUCCUUAUAUUUACAUUUUAUGUUGAUCAACUUACAGUUCACGCAGAAAUGAAGAUAUAAUAUUAGUCUGAACAUGUUUCAACGUCAGGGGAAAUCCAUACAGAGAACAGCCACCAGUUGACAGUGGAGCAGUGCAAUCUCCAACGUUACAGUUAUGAGUCAUAAGCAUAGCGAUGUCACAAUGGCAUACACGAAAAUAACAUACAUUGGGCCAAGCAGAAACAUCUAAGCUCUGUGCAGUGGAAAUGUAAAUAUUUUUAUAUAAAUGAAGUAUAUGGUACAGGUUAGGAAUAGAAACCAACUGGCCCAGAAAGGGAGAUAGCAUUUAAUGGCAACUCUAGCAUGGAUAAACACACAUAGUUUUAAUAAUGAAUCUCAUUGUAACAAUUACAUGUAUACUAAUAAUUUGUUUUUCUCUGUGUUGAUCUCAGUUUCAUUCUUUGAAGAAAACGAUUUUUUUUAAUACUUAAUUUAUAUUUGAUAUCAUUCCAUUUAACAUUCCAUGUUGAGCAAGAAAUGACAAUAAUUUUUUGGAAUGUUGAUAUUUUAACUUAUUGUUGUUGAUUCCAUUGGUAUACAAUCUUGUAUCUUUAGCUGUGACAAUAAAUGAUGAU